GGAAGAUAAACAUAACAUGAACAUAACCAUAGAUAAAUAAAUAAUAAAUAUAGUUAUUAAAUAUCCUCAUUUUCACGUGUAAUUUCUGGAUAUUACAUAAAAAAAAAUAAUGAUGAAGUGCGUUUUUUGUGGGAAACAAGGUGAAAUAAAUAUCCGUACUCUUUAUAAGUUUCCUACACAAUUGGAAUUAUUGGGGAAAUGGUUGAAGAAUAUGAAUAUGGAAUAUAUAAAUAAAGUAAAUGAAGGAAUGAGAUUAUGCUCAGAACAUUUUGAAACAUCCUGCUUGCAGAAAAGGGGUAAAAAGACAGUGUUGGCACCUGGAAGUGUUCCGACUUUAUUUAAAGCAUAUAAAACAGUAUGUGCUUAUUGUAAGAGUAAAAAAGGAACAGAUAAUCGUUUGUAUCACAGAUUUCCUCUUCACAAUAAAAAACUAUUGGAUAUGUGGUUGAGAAAACUAAGAAUAUACAAUUUUGAACCCACGGUUAGGAGUUUCAUUUGCUCUAAACAUUUUGAGGCAGCUUGUUAUAGAAGUGUUCUUGGUAAAAAAUAUGGGCGUCUGUUAUUCAAUGCUGUCCCAACAAUCUUCAAUCCCACAGUAGGUCCUAAUAUAUCAAGAAGGAAACAAAAAAAAAGAAAUGUUAAAGACGAGUUACCAGAAUUAGAACUGGAAAAAGAUUAUGUAAAGGAAGAAGCAAUUGAUAUUGAAGAAAAUGAACUUGAAUGCACUAAAGAUCAAUUAGUUAAAGUUAAUUUAUUAAAAGAAAAUUCUGAUGAAACCGAAAAUUAUGAAGAAAAUAAAUUAGUUUUACACCAUCAUUCACUAAUGCGUAAUUUCGAUAAACUAUAUAAGGAGAAAGAUAAUAUAAAAAAAAUGUUACUCGAUUUUGCCAUCAACAUUGAAGCAUUGACCAAGGAGAAUAAACUGUUGAAAGAGCAAUUAGAGAAGACUAGUUCGUAUUCCGAAAAUGCCAUAAAUACAGAAGUGAUAGAUUUGACUGAUAUAGAUUCUAUCUGUAGAGUAUGUUUACAAAAAGAUUCAAAUCUAAAAUAUCUUAAUGAUUCAAUGAAUUUUGAUCAUCCAGAGAUAGUUCCAACAAAAGUAUUGGAUACCCUACAAGCAAUACUUUCAUUAGGAUUAGAUUCAAUUACAAUUGGAGACGACCAUCUUCCAAAUAAAAUUUGCCUAAAAUGUGUCGAACAAUUGAAACUAUUCACAAUAUUUAGAUACAAUUACUCGAAGUCUUGUGAAAUUUUAAAAAUAUACACCCUUAAAAUAAAUGAACAAACAGAGGAUGCAGAAAAUAAUGACGAUGCUUGUUCUGAAAUAUCUUCAACAGAAGAUGUAACAUUGAAAUUCGAAACUACGGAAGAGGAUGUAAAAGUUGAUGAAGCUAUCCAAAAACUAGAUCCGCCAGAAUAUUAUGAAGUAGAAAAUUUAGAAAAUAACCAAACUACUGAAAAGUUCAAAGGCGAUUCUAUUUGUGAUUCAGAAAACCAGAUAAAAAACAAGAAAAAACCACAUAAAUGCCCAAUUUGUUUAAAAGAAUUAAAACUUUCUCAAUUUCGACCACAUAUGCAUACACAUAAAGGCUUGGAAAGAUAUUUCAGCGGUCCUAAGUUACCUAAAAACGUUAAGUUUUAUGCUGUUCCUAAUUCCACCGUUAGUCUGGUAAACGAGAAACAAAUGUUUCAUAAAUGUCCGUUUUGUCCGGAAAGUUUUACUGCUGCUGCAUAUUUGAUUCAUGUCGAUAAUCAUUUAAAAAAUGACCAGUUUACGUGCGAUAAAUGUGGUAGAGUUUUCAAAAAGAGGAGUUAUUUAAUUCAGCAUUUGUUGGUGCAUACGAAAGAACUGCCUUACAGCUGCAAAACAUGUAAGAAGCAAUUUGUCAUUAAACAAAACUAUGAAUAUCACUUAUUGACUCAUUCAUACAAAGUCGAUGAAUUACCAUAUAAAUGUCAACAUUGCGACAGAAAAUUCUCGAAUCCAUCUCAUCUAACACGACACAUGACAAUCCAUUUGGAAAACUGCUCUUAUGGUAGCAAGUACGGAAUGAAAAGAUGUCGCAGUUGCUUGCAAAGCUUUAGCAGCGAGGACACGUUCAAAUCACACAAAUGUGUGCUGACAGGAAUACUAACACAUUUUUGUAGAUAUUGUGGCAAAUCGUUUGCCACAUUAAAAGUAUAUUAUCAUCAUUUGCGAUUGCACCAUAACGUACGCAAAAAAAUGAACGGACAGUUCUGUACAGAAUGUAAUAAAGUUGUGUCCAAUUUAACGUGCCACAGACUAAGCGUACAUCCUGGUACUGUACAGAAAUAUUUGUGCCCGAUUUGUGGGGCGUAUGUUUUAAAUAAAUAUAGUCAUAUGAUGAAGCACGGACCAACACUCAGUAAACCUCCAAAAUGCAACAUCUGCGGUAAAGAAUUUCGCUACACGAUGGGCUUAAAAAGACACUUGAUGGUCCAUACUGGCGAAAAACCCUUUUUGUGCAGUUCUUGUCCCAAAACUUUUAGCUGCAAAUCUAAUCUACAGGUUCACGAAAGAAUACAUCUGGGAGUUAAAUCUCACGUUUGUUCAAUAUGUGACAAAGGAUUUUUAGAAAAGUCAUAUCUGGAAAAGCAUAUGAAGGUGCAUAAAGUCAUGAUCGUGACUGGGUCGAAACAGAAAAAUAAGGUUGUUGAAGAUUAUGAAACAUCAGAGUCUGACGACUAUUAAAUUAAAUAAUUAUUGCAUAUUGUAAAAAUUCAUUUAUUGAUUUUUAAAUUAGAAUAAGUUUAUAUUAAACGAGCGUUUUAUUGAAUAUUGAAUAUAUUGUAAUUGUAAGCGACUCUUCAGGAGGCAAUAGAGGCGAAACUUGUAAGUCUUAGCUAGUUUUAAUCAAUUGAUUAAGAGGAGUAUUUACUUGGCUUUAGAGCAGAACAUGCAAGGGUUUCGUAGUACCCCACUUUUAAAGUUUAUUUUUGACAUAUUUUGAAAGAAAAAAAUAUGUGCGUGUAGGUAAAGGUUAAAUCUGUGCUCCUCUGGGAACACUUUUUCAAAAUUUAAUUCUGUUUUUUUUUUCUAAAAAAAAAAAAAAAACACAAAACUCGACUUUUUUGAUCCAUUUUCUCAAUUUUUUUUAGAAAAAACUAAAUUGAAUUUUGAAAAAGUAGUUCCAGAGGAGCAUAGAUUUAACCUUUAUCUACACGUACAUAUUUUUUUCUUUUAAAAAUACUUAAAAAUAAACUUUAAAAGUGGGGUACUACGAAACCAUUACAUUGCAAGAUUUUACGUCUGUCAAGUGGCGCCUCUGUUAGAUUUUUAAGAAAUUAAUAUUUGUGAAUGAAAACAAUUUACAAAAUAUUUUACUGAUGUUUUACGAGGGUUAAUUAAAGUUUACGUAUUUGUUGGUACACAUUAUUGUUUUACGUAAAUCAUUUCUGUAAUACUAAUAUAUACAUAUUUAUAUAAUAUGCAAUGGGUUUCAUAGUACACCAAUUUUACGGAUUAUUUUUUAUUUUUUAAAAAAUUAUGUAAGUACAGAUAAAGGAGUCACUUUUUGAACAUUUGAAUCGGUUUAUUUUGAGAAAAUUAAGAAGAUAUCUUUCUAUCAAAAAAAAAAAAAUACAAAUAAAAAUGCUAGGAGGGAACAAUAUAUGUUUUUAAUGUUUACAGGAACAUUUAUUUUUCUCAAUAAAAAUUAAAAAAAUACGUUAAAAGCUUUUUCGUCUAGAGGGCGACACCAACAAAAUGUAUAUCCUUUUCUACUGUUUACAAGUAAUAAACGUACGCAAGUGAUUUGAAUUUAUUUUGUUUUAUGUCUGUACACUUUGUUAUUUUUACAUACAAUAAUUUCGCUCAAUUAUUUUAAAUUAAUUUUAUCAUUUGUUUAUUAAAAAAAUAUAUCCGAAAUUAAAAGGUAUACAAUAAGAUUUGAAUUAUAAAUUAACUUUUAUAUUGCACGGGAUUUUUUUUUAAUGAAUACAUCUUCGAGUUAAGAAAAAUGAAUUCCAGCAUGUUAACAACUCUUUAAGCUGUAAGGCCCAGUUGUACUACUCCAGUUUAAGUGAGGUUCAACUGAACCUGGUUUAGACUGUGACGAACGUCGUACCAUUGUAUUUAGAUCAACUAGUAAAACAAUACCAAUGCAAAUUAUCUUGGAGGACAAUGGACAGUAUCAAUAGAUGGCAGCAAGCUCCGUGGUGUCCAAGUCAUGUCUUUGAUAAAUUUGUCGUCUUCGAAACGAACGUAAUUUCUCUAUUUACUAAUAGAUGGGCCUAUAAUCGAUUCAGAAUAUUUGUUUUAAAAAUGGAAUAUACGAGUUUAAUUAUGUUUGUUAAACAUUUAUUUACGAUUAAUUAUCAUUUUAGAGAAUAUAUACAAUAGUAAUUUAAAUUUAGCACUCUACCCAUAUGAAUUUUAAAAUUAAGAAAAUUUUAUGUAUAUAGAAUUCUGUACUCAAUGAUCGAGGAAGUGGUAGCCAUAGAUUACUUGAAUAGACUAGUUUUAAAUCAUAAAACAACCAUAUUGACUGCAUCACAUUAUUAAUAUGCUAAGAUUUUUUCAUUUUUUUAUUAUAAAACUUCUUGUUAGGUGUCAUAUUGUCUGUUUUUACUAAAAAAUUAUUAAGUGUGUU